AUGCGAAUAUUAAUGGUUGGUUUGGAUGCGGCAGGCAAGACAACUAUCUUGUAUAAACUUAAAUUGGGUGAAAUCGUUACUACAAUUCCAACGAUUGGUUUCAAUGUGGAGACAGUUGAAUACAAAAAUAUUUCAUUUACUGUGUGGGAUGUUGGAGGACAAGAUAAAAUUCGUCCAUUGUGGAGACACUAUUUUCAGAAUACUCAAGGUUUAAUCUUUGUUGUGGAUAGUAAUGACAGAGAACGCGUGGGAGAAGCGCGAGAAGAAUUAAUGCGUAUGCUCGCUGAAGAUGAACUGAGGGAUGCUGUUUUACUUGUUUUUGCUAAUAAACAGGACUUACCGAAUGCAAUGAAUGCUGCCGAAGUGACGGACAAAUUAGGUUUACAUACAUUGCGAAAUCGGAAUUGGUACAUACAAGCGACUUGCGCUACAUCUGGUGAUGGUCUCUAUGAGGGUCUGGACUGGUUAAGCAAUCAACUUAGAAAUAAGUCCUAA